AUGCUCUUUUUUUUGCUAUUAGCCUAUCUGCUUAUUAAUUCUGCGUGUGAAGAUAAGUUUUCAGAUGAAAAAUCUAAAGCUCUAAUUGUCACACUGAGAAAGAAAUUGACCAAAGACAACUACGACUACUCGUCGGCCGAGAGCAUGGAGAUACACCGUCGAGCCGAAUCACAUACAACGAGCACUAUAAGAGAGGGAGAGCCGCUUGUGUCUCAGAAUGAUCUGUUGUACUACGUUGACGACCGACAUCUGCUGCCUCAAGAACCAGUCGUCAAGUACAAAGUUUUGAAGAUAAAACACAAGUCAAGGCGAAGUGGUGGUGAGCGGCUAAUCCAAGAAGAGAGUAAGGAUGGCGUGGCCAUCAUCAACCUCGGAGGUGGACCGUUUCCCGAGUUCCGGCUGCCACGCUCACGGAGACAAUACAUGCAAGACUUCGGAGAACUCAUCAGUGACGAGGAUGACCUACUUCCUCACCUUAAUGACUCUUCGCCUCACUUCCGCGAAACAGACGCCCCGAGAAGUGAAAAGCUUAAUAGUAUAUAA